AGGAGCCUGCCGCACAAGUCGAACUCGUACGCUAUGGCUGGUCGCUAUCUGGUGGUAGCGUCCCUGUUGGCGUCCACUUAUGCCUUCUCGAACACGUACCCACUUAUUGCAUGGGCUUCAGAUAGUCUAACACUACCCGAGAGCGUUUCGUCGCCUUCCCUCGAGCCAGUCCUGAAUAGUUUUGGACACUUAGAGACUGUGUGCGAGAACGACGUGAUAGUCGUUGUCGAGCAGCCCGGGCUGCACGCCUCGGACUUGCGGACGCUGUCACCCUCAGCGCCUCUCAGCCUGGCCCUCAAGGGCGCUGCUUCGACGCUCCAGCUCCCUUACCUUCGCCGAAGCUCCGAUGCAUCCCUCUCUGAAUUCGUAGAGCGCAUCUCGCAAAGAUGCAACCUCCCCGUCAUUAGCCUCUCAGGCAGCGACGUCGACCGUCUUCACCAAGUCGUGAGGGGCCGGUCACGAUACAUUAUUUACGUCGAGUUCCCCGAGAUUUCUUCGGAGUCGGCUUGGAGGAGAAGCCUCGACAUAAAUCAACGAUCAGCAAAUCUGUACAACCACCUGCAGUUCCUACCCGCAUCGUCCAAGCAUCUCGUGCUCCUCGCCGGCGCACCCAGGCAGGAAGACUGCUCCGACGGCCACUGCCUCUCGCCCGAGGUUGACAUCCCCUCCCCCGCAUUCAUGGCACCGAGCAACACCACCGUCCCCGGGGGCGGCAUCCUCAAACGCUACCAGCUCCUCACCCCCGCCCUGAUCAUGACCCUCAUCGUCGCGUUAUUUGUCAUCGUUCCCGUAGUUUACUUGGGCAUCUCUGCUUUGGCGAGCAUCCAGGCCCCGGCGCGGAUGGAGCCGCCGAAGCGGUUCAAUGCCCAGGAGAAGAAGACGCAGUAGUGGGCUUCAUGAUCUGCUUUGCUUGUGUCUCCGACGGUUGAGGGAGGCAGCAAUGCAAUGAUGUUACUACAAUGAUACCAAUACAUGAUGCGCUAAUUUCCAUACAAGUCCGAAUGCGAGGGGAACAUUUUCUAUGUGCAAUGAAUGUGUGAUGAAUGUACAGUGAAGACCCAUGGAUCCGAAAAGGCGAAAGACUAAGACUGUCCUUGGGUUAUUGCUCCAGAAUAUCAAGAUCGUGAGCAAGAUGCACUUUCUCCAGUGCAGCAAGGUGAAGGGGCAAUGUCGGCGCGUUUG